CCCCCGGGGCAGCGGGGACGGGGCGGUGAGCGCUGCCUCGCCCGCUUAUAUUUCAGGCGCGGGGCUGCAGGAUCUGCCCCGGCCAGGGCACACAGGCGUCCCAUUGUUGAAGCCCCUUCGGCGGCGGCGGGGAGCAGGUGCUGGCGAUGGCGACGAUGACGAUGCAGCUGGGCGGGCUGGUGCUGGCCGUGCUGGGCUGGCUGGGCUCCAUUCUCACCUGUGCCCUGCCCAUGUGGAAGGUGACGGCCUUCAUCGGCUACAACAUCGUGGUGGCCCAGGUCUUCUGGGAAGGGCUGUGGAUGAACUGCGUGUAUGAGAGCACGGGGCAGAUGCAGUGCAAGGUCUACGACUCCCUGCUGGACCUCACCUCCGACCUGCAAGCCGCCCGCGCCCUGGUGGUCACCUCCAUCAUCGUGGCCUUCUUCGCCCUCCUCACUGCCAUUUCGGGUGCCGACUGCACCCGCUGUGUGGAGGACAAGAACUCCAAGACGCGCGUCUCCAUAGUGGCAGGUGCCAUCUUCGUCCUGGCUGGCAUUGUGCUGCUCAUCCCCGUGUCCUGGUCCGCCAACAGCAUCGUCACCAACUUCUACAACCCCAUGGUGCCCGAGGCCCUGAAGAGAGAGCUGGGGGCUGCCCUCUACAUCGGCUGGGCCUCCAGUGCCCUCCAGCUCUUUGGCGGGGGCAUCCUGUGCUGCUCAGGGCCCCCAUCCCAGCGGGAUCACUACCCCAAGAAGUACCGAGCGGUGAAGAGCUGCAGCCCCAUGGGCUACCCCAUGAAAGACUAUGUGUGAGCUGCCUGCCCUGGGCGCCAGCCCGUGGGGACAGGCCCGCCGUCCCCAGCCUGCCCACAUCCAGCCCAUGCGCCCUGUUCCCACAAUGGCUGCCUCCCCAUCCUGGCCCCCCUGGCGCUUUGCCCUGCCCGCAGGCUGUGACAACGUGUGGCCCCAUCCCGCUGCCAGCCCUGCUCCCCUCGGGUGAGGGUAUGGAUCCUGCCCACUGCCCCCAGGACGCAGGCAGGGGCUAUGUUCGUGCUGGGUGCUGCUGCCAGCUCCCAGCCCCCAUAAAGGUCUCGGUGACAC